GUCAGCCUUUAGACAGUCAGCAAUCAACAUGAACGGAAAGGUCUUCUUCCUCCUGGCAGGCGUGGCCGUGGCCCUCGCUGCCCCUGACCGCCGCCCAGCAACCAGCUACGGCGUCCCCAGGGACUCUGACUCCUUCGAACACUUCCGCCCCUCAUCCGGCUCCUUCGAGCACUCUGACUCCUUCGAACACUUCCGCCCCUCAUCCUCCUCCCACUCCUUCGAGUCCUACGAGUCCGACGAGUUCACCAGGCCCAACUACGAGUUCCAGUGGGCUGUCAGGGACUCCUCCAGCGGCAACGACUUCGACCACAAGGAAGGUCGUGACGGCGACGACACCCAGGGCGCGUACUCCGUGCACCUCCCUGACGGCCGCCGCCAGACCGUCACUUACGUCGUGGACGGUGACGACGGCUACGUGGCCGACGUCAAGUACGACGGCGUGGCUCGUUACCCCGACUCCCACUCCCGCGAGUCCUUCGAGUCCCGCUCCUUCGAGUCAGGCUCCUUCGAGUCCUACGCUCCCCCAAGGAGGACUUACUUCGCCCCUGGCUCCAACGAGUCCAAGUAAACUCCUGACGCCCCGAGCUGCCAACACCUCGUCACUUGCCAGAACUUUCCCUUACAAGACCUUCACGAUGGAUAGCUUAGCUAAAUUAUUUGUAUUUAUUGCAUUAAAUCAUGAAUGAGUU